UCAUCGUAUGCCACAGGCAAGAGUGAAAUCCGCAAAAUUAGUACUGAAUUAAGUGUUGUUACUCGCAUUUGGACAAGAAACAAAGUGCAGAAAAUUUAGAAUUUAUAUUUUAUAAAAAAAAAACAAAUAAAAAUUUUAGAUUUGUGACAAAUUUUAAAAUGCAUUUCUCUGUGGCACUUUUUUGCAGCUGCAUUUUAUUAGUGAAACUACACAGCAUCGCAAUGGCGACAGCAGCCACAGCAUCCACAGCCACUGAACCUGCUACCGAUUGGUGGCAACAUGCGGUCUUCUAUCAAAUAUACCCGCGCUCUUUUAGUGAUAGUGAUGGCGAUGGCAUUGGUGACUUAAGAGGUAUUAUACAGCGUUUGCCAUACCUUGCUGAAACAGGUAUCACAGCAGCUUGGCUAAGUCCUAUAUUUCAAUCGCCUAUGGUUGAUUUCGGUUAUGAUAUAUCUGAUUUUAAAGCCAUACACAGUGAAUACGGCACUAUGCAAGAUUUUGAAGACUUAAUAGCUGAAGCAAAUCGUUUAGAUAUAAAAAUUAUACUGGACUUCGUGCCAAAUCACAGUUCAGACCAAUGUGAAUGGUUUAAAAAAUCAGCCGAACGCAUUGAAGGUUUUGAAGAUUUUUAUGUGUGGGCCGAUGGUGAAAUCAGUGAGGAUGGUGAACGUGUGCCCCCAAAUAAUUGGCAAUCAGUUUUUUAUGGUUCAGCAUGGACUUGGCAUGAGACACGUCAGCAAUACUAUUUGCAUCAGUUCACUGUUCAACAACCAGACCUUAAUUUUCGUAAUGAAGCAGUUUUAAAGGCUAUAGAUGAUGUUAUGUAUUUCUGGUUGGAUAAAGGCGUUAGUGGCUUUCGCGUGGAUGCUGUUAAUCAUCUUUUUGAAGUGCCCGAAUUAAGUGAUGAACCACUGAGUGGCAAAACUUCUGAUAAAAAUUCCUAUGAGUACACUAAACACAUAUACACAAAGGACUUGCCGGAAGUUAAUGAAAUGGUGCAGCAUUGGCGUUUGCUGCUGGAUGACUACAGUGCCAAACAUGGUGGCUCUGCACGUAUUAUGAUGACUGAAGCAUAUGCAGACUUGAAAAAGCUCAUGGAUUAUUAUGAAAACGAAAAAGGCGUGAAAGGCUCACAUAUACCUUUUAAUUUCUUAUUCAUUACUGAUUUGAAUGCAGACUCGGAUGCUCGAGAUUUUGUCUAUAACAUACAGAAGUGGUUAACAUAUAUGCCACGCAAACAUGCUGCAAAUUGGGUUAUGGGAAAUCAUGAUAAUCCUCGUGUCGCUUCGAGGUUUGGCCCACAACUUGUGGAUGCCCUGAAUAUGUUGUUGAUGACUUUACCAGGUGUGGCGGUCACUUAUAAUGGUGAAGAAAUUGGCAUGCAAGAUUACCGUGAUAUUAGCUGGGAAGAUACUGUCGAUCCACCAGCACGAAAUGUGGGACCGCUAAAGUACCAAAAAGUGUCACGUGAUCCAGUACGAACACCGUUUCAAUGGAAUGCAGACAAAAAUGCUGGCUUCUCGAGCGCAGCUAAAACUUGGUUGCCAGUCCAUCCUAAUUAUAAGCAAUUGAAUUUGGAAGCACAAAAACUAGCAGAUAAGAGUCAUUAUAAGCUCUAUAAAAUGCUUUUGGAAUUGCGAAAAUCACCUGUGUUGCGGGAAGGUCGCCUCCAUGCCGAAGUGCUGAAUAGAGCUGUGUUUGCAUUCAAAAGGGAACUGAAGGGACAGCCCACGGUGUUCACGCUUAUCAAUUUGGGUAACCAGACAGAAAUUGUAGAUUUGACUAAUUUAAUUGAUGCGCCUGAACGGUUAACUGUAGCGGUUGCGGGCACUGAAUCGGAACUCGAAGCAGGUCAAAUGUUGUCUUUAAAUAUGACAUUUCACUUGAUGAAGUACGAGGCAGUUAUUUUAAGAGCAAAAUAUUCAGCAUUUCUUGCUGACCGACAUGCCUUAAUCAAAACUUUUAUCAAAUCAAUGAACAUCAUUUUGGUGGGACUAUUAAUGUACAAAUUAUGGAACAAUAAGUGGACAAAAUUAAAUUUUAACAAACAAGCAAUAUUCUAAGGACAUUCCUACUGAAUUCAUAAUAAAGUCAUUAAA